ACAUUUAAUCAAAAACAACAUAAGACUGUCGCCUGAACAUCGCAACCAUACUUCAGUGAACGAAAUAGGCGUCUCUAUUUGCUUUGUGCCCUUCAACAAAUAGAGGUGCCAUAAAGCAAAUAGAUGUGCCUAUCUAAACAAUGUUACCGAGCUUUUUAAAAUAAAUAAGGUGGUAAGAAGGCCUAGUUCUACAACAGCCAAUUUCUAAACCCACUGAGAACCCAUAUGAAUGAGAUACCAAACCGAACCAAGAGACUGAAGGCCAGUAAUAAGUUUGGAAGAUGAACAAAGAAGGAAAGAGUCAACUCCAUUGUAGCUUUCAAGAGAGAGAACCAAAGUUGAAUGAUUGAACGACACCGAGUUUUGUUGAAAACGGGAUGUAUGUUUAGCUUUCUUUGCCCUGGGCAAAGGGGUACGUAAGUGUACUUUCUUUGCGGAUGACUUUUGAAGAAAGGAAUAUGUCUGAAUCAGCUUGAACCUAAGAAGCAUCUCUUUUUGUUAGGACAUGAGCCAAAAGAUUUUCUUAAGUUUAGUUUGAAUUCAAACAACUUCGUUUGAUUUUUAUUCGUUUUUUUUUUGUGUGUGUGUGUGUGUGUACAUCUCUAUUUUGAAGUUUAAACGGUAGAAUAACUUUGAGGUUAUUCUUUGGGUUAACUUGAGCAAAACAUGUUUUAUUUAGCGAGGCAAAGUACACGCACGCGUUCUUCCACUUUGGUCCUUUUUUUUGUCUAUAUUCGCUUCAACUAUUUAUUCCAAAAGCUGUUACAAAAUUUGAAUGAAAGGGACUUUUAAUUAUUUUCAGAUACAGAAAGCCAUCUUUUUUUUCUUUCUUUUUGAACAGAAAGCCAUCUUAAUUCUCAAAGUUUAAUCCUAGCUUACUUCACAAGAAAAAAAAACAAUUAAUUUUCUCAUUAAAGGAACGAAUUUUUCUUCUUCAACAUUGAUUAUUUUAUUUAAAUAAAGCAGGUAACCGUGAACAAAAGAAUCAAAAAGGCAAAACAAAGAAAAAGCAGAGAGAGAAGUGAGACUUGUGUUCUUGGCUUUUACCGAUCAACCAGACCAAUCCCUCGCUUCUGGCAUCUUCGUCUUUCGUUUCUUAUAUUUAUCUGGCGAGUUCUACAAUCAAUUCCUUGCUGCAAUCACCUCAGAGAGAGAGAGAGAGAGAGAUGUAUAAUCAGUUGGCAGUUUCUUCUUCAUCAACACCUUCUUCUUCUUCGUACUAUGAAUCUUUGAAGCUUUUGGAAGCUGAUGUCCAACACGCUAAUACUUUGGCAGAAGCAAUUCCAAUGGGGAAGAACAAUGCACGGCUUCAGAUGAAACUAGUUCACAGCAACUUCGCUUCUUUACUACUCAUCUUGUUUCGGUGGAUUGAUUUUUCUUGCUCAUGUCUGCUUCCCCGCUACUUCAACCUCUUUCAUGUUCUUGUCUACAAGGUUAAUUCUGAUGGACAACCAAAGCUUACCGCGCUCGGUAGGAAAGCAACUAUCAGUGAGUUCUAUGGUGUGAUACUGCCAUCACUUCAGCUAUUACAUAGCAACUUAGACGAGCUGGAUACUUCAGACAUUGGUUUUGACCUUAAAAGACUCAGCAACAAGAUAACAAAAGCAGCUCACAGUCACAGUAGUAGAUUCAUCAAUGCAGGGUUAGAGCGUGAGGAAGAAUGUGGAAUCUGUCUAGAAACUUGCACUAAAAUGGUGUUGCCUAAUUGCUGCCACUCAAUGUGCAUCAAAUGCUACCGCAAUUGGAACUUGAAGUCUCAGUCAUGCCCGUUUUGUCGAGGCAGCAUAAAGAGAGUGAACUCAGAGGAUCUGUGGGUGCUUGCUGGUGAUAACGACGUGGUGGAUACAAGGACGGCUUCAAGGGAAGACUUGUUCAGAUUCUACCUCUACAUCAAUAGCCUUCCCAAGGAUUACCCUGAAGCUCUCUUCUUGGUUUACUAUGAGUACUCAAACCUGAUUUAGAGAAUCUGUACAAACAAAAACUAUGUACAGAUUUUUGUAUUGUAUAGAAUGUAAAACUGUGUUGCCAAAAGCUUCUCAGCUUUUACAUGCUUUAUCUAUAACUGUGAAAUGCUACAAAAAAAAAGAAGCUUGAAUACAGCAAAGAAUUAAGGCUAUAAAAACUCUCUAAUCAGAGUGAUUGCAAUAACUAAUGAAGAAUCUUUAACAAAAACAUAGUUUACAAAUAUAUAUGCUCAUCUCCAAAGACAGGUUAUCACUAAGAGCAUCUCCAAUGUAUAACUUCAUUUUUUCUGCCAAAAUAAAGUAAAAGUGAAAAUGAAGUAAAAUUGCUCCAAUCCUACUCCAUUUUCCAUUCUAUAAUGGAGUGAUGAACAAACAAAAAAUAGAUUACUCCAUUUAUGGACUAAAUUUCAUUAUGGAAUGAAAUAUGGAGUUGAGUUGGAGCAUUACUUACUCCAUAUCCACUUUUACUCUAUUUUAGAGAAAAAAAUGGAGUACGGAUGGAAAUGCCCUAAGAACUUAUCAACAUCAUUAAUGAGACCGAUAAUAUUUACGAAGUACCGAAUAUUUUGGUUAAUGAGACCGAUAAUAUUAAAUGGGUAGUUUUUCUUUCCGACAAGUAUAUAUGUAAUAAAUAGAAUGCGAUUUUGAAGAAUUGAGAUUUUUUUUUUUGGAGGUAGUUUGAAGGUUUUGUAUAGGUAAGGUUUUGUCAAAUUUCACCCGCUUGUGGCCUUUAGGUGUAUAGUUUGUACUUCAUCUUUCAGUUUAUAAAAUGCAAUAAAAAGUUUAAAAAAAAAAAAAAGAGUAACGACCUAUCCUCGACUAGCAUUGGUCCGCAGAAAGCAUAUGACUCAGACGCAUUAAUAGUAAUUUAAUUACUUUCUGAUUUAUAUGUUUCAUGAAUUUAAACGAUUCUGAGAUGCUCCCUCUCUGCAACACUGCACAAACACGAAUUGUUACUGACCAGUGACCACUACUGUCUUAAAUUGGAUCUGUGAUCUCUCUCCCUCUAAGAUUGUUGAUCAAUGUCUGUUGUUGAUGGUUUGAUUAUGAGAUAUGAAUCCUCUUUGCUGCAUUGCUCCAGUUUCAACCGAUGACCGGGCUAACCCGGUUCUCGCCAAACCGGCGGGGAAUCAACCGUGUCAGCUAAGUUUCGAACCUCAACCAGGUAGCAACAGCCACGCUUCUAAGCCGUCCUUCUCAACACAAGCCUGAAUCCUAAUCCUAUAGAUAACUCAUAAAACAUUGGUGUAUUAUGUAGAAGUCGAACAGAGUUACUGGAGAUGAUGACAGGUUUUAUAUUUGGUUGUACAAGUAUAAGUAGAUCAUUUAGAAAUCAGAAUGAUCAUCCAUUAUCCAUUUUACAAGCCAAUGCUUAUGAGUUAUCUAUAGUUUUUUAAAACUGAAUACCAUUUGAUAAAAGAGUGGAUAUCAUAUUCUAAUUUUGGAACAAAAUGUAAACCCUGUAAGAAAUAAAUUAUAGAAAACA